AGGCUAGAUCUAGUGCUUUAUCUACUGGGCGACUGAGCUAGAGACUGCCGGUGCCUUCAUGGGCAGGACUAGGCCGAAAACUCCCCAGGUCCACAGAAAGUUUUGAGCAAAGAACUACCAUGAUCUGACUUAUGCAGAUGCUUCUGGCAUCACUCUGCUGUGCUGAGCCUGUGGCAGGCCCGAAGGCAGACUUCAGGACGCCUGUCGGGGACCUUUCCACCCAUCCGGGCUUGGAUCAGCUUGGGCAGAGUACAGUUGGGAGUAGAGGCCACAUUCUGGAAAUGUUUAUCAGCGAGUUUUCUGGUGGAUGGCAGCCCUAAACACAGCAUGGCAACUCAUCUACUCACUCAUGAAAGAUUAAAAAAUGGAAACCAACGUAUUUCAUCUUAUGCUCUGCGUCACUUCUGCUCGGACUCAUAAAUCCACGUCUCUUUGCUUUGGCCACUUCAACUCAUAUCCAAGCCUUCCUUUAAUUCAUGAUUUAUUGCUAGGAUGAUGUCAGGUCAUAGGAUGAUAUAUAUAAUCAGUGAGCAGGCAGAAUGAGGAGACAGUUGAAAGUUCUCUACAACAGAAGCCAAGAAGGAAGCCGUCUAUCUUGUGGCGAUCAUGUAUAAGCUGGCCUCCUGCUGUUUGCUUUUCAUAGGAUUCUUAAAUCCACUCUUAUCCCUUCCUCUCCUUGACUCCAGGGAAAUAUCCUUUCAACUCUCAGCACCUCAUGAAGAUGCGCGCUUAACUCCAGAGGAGCUAGAAAGAGCUUCCCUUCUACAGAUACUGCCAGAGAUGCUGGGUGCAGAAAGAGGGGAUAUUCUCAGGAAAGCAGACUCGAGUACCAACAUUUUUAACCCAAGAGGAAAUUUGAGAAAGUUUCAGGAUUUCUCUGGACAAGAUCCUAACAUUUUACUGAGUCAUCUUUUGGCCAGAAUCUGGAAACCAUACAAGAAACGUGAGACUCCUGAUUGCUUCUGGAAAUACUGUGUCUGAAGUGAAAUAAGCAUCUGUUAGCUCAGAAACACCCACCUUAGAAUAUGAAAAAUAACACAAUGCUUGAUUUGAAAACAGUGUGGAGAAAAACUAGGCAAACUACACCCUGUUCAUUAUUACCUGGAAAAUAAAUCCUCUAUGUUUUGCACA